CAUGAUGACAGAGGCUACAUGUAAAUAUUUUGAGACACGAGUUCGAAGUAGAAGAAAAGUGUACAUCAUAACUAAAAUCGUAUAAAAUGGUGUUGUUUGAUCUUAAUGACUGCAUAUAUACAAGCUGUUAUUGUGAGGAGAAUGUCUGGAAGUUAUGUGAAAAGUUACGAGAUGAAGGCAGGCUUCAGCAGCUUCAGGAUGUUUCUGCUAUAUUCAUUUCGAAUGAUGCAAAGAAAAUACCACUUUGGGAACAAAAGUGUGUUGAUGAAGGACAGGUUGUUGUCUGGGAUUAUCACGUGAUCUUAGUUCAUCAAGAGGCUGGAGCGGAAUCACAGGUUUAUGACCUUGACACACGACUUCCUUUUCCCUGUAGAUUUAAAUAUUACCUUGAAAUGGCACUUAGGACAGAGGACCAUAUGAAGGAGACAUAUCAUAGGAAGUUUAGGGUUGUUUCUGGGGCAGUCUUCCUGGAUACAUUCGCAUCAGACAGAAAACACAUGAAAGGACCAGAUGGUUUAUGGCUCAAACCACCUCCAAUGUACCCAUGUAUAUCAACUAAAGCUUCGAGUAACAAUUUGGCGGACUUCAUAACCAUGGUCCCAUCAGUAGGUGUGGGGGACGUCAUCAACCUGAACACCUUGGUCCAUAGAUUUUCCAGUUGAUGAUCGUUAACAGUUCAGAAUUAAUUAAAAAAUGAGCUUAGUAAAUGUACUAAUUAUUUGAAUAGGACUUGUCAAAUGUUAAUUUUAUUAUGAAAACAAGGUACAAAACUUUAAACCUGGAUAGUGUUACUCAGAGUUUGGUUCCACCUGAAUGAUUGUUGUUUGGGUAGAAUCUGUCGCUGAUGACUAGAUGGUUGUAAGAGCUUGAGUGGGACUAGUUGAUGGCGGUGGAUUUUGUCACCAGAGCCAGUAGAUGCUCCUCAGCUUUUUUGGAAUUACCAGGUUGACUGUUAUGCAAGUCUCAUUUCUUGCGGCUCUGAAAACUACAUCGUAGACUAUAUUUAGCUGCGGAUCCAUCAGCAGAUAUUGGGAUUCCUUCCAGUGAAUGCUUAGUUUAUUUUGUCAUUCUGAUCGGAUUUUCUCUACUGUUCCGUUUUAAUUUUAAUUUUAAAUUGUUUUGCAU